GAUGGAACCGUACCUACUCAGACGGACAUCGACGAGCUCGAUAAGAAAAUAGACGAGUAUUACCAAAAGAACUCACUCGUCAAGCAGCAGGUGUUCAGCACCAUAACGGAUCGUCUCCUGCUGCGGGUACAGAAGCUCGAAGCUGCGCAUGAAGUCUGGGCAGAGAUCUGUCAGAUUCACGAAGGCAAAACAGAGCUUGUGCAGAUUGACCUACGG